UGGAGACGCCAACGCCAGCCCUGGCGGUGGAGGUCGCAUCACGUCCCCAUCCCAUCGUGGUGUUGCUUGGAACGGGGGGGUCUGCAGACGAACAAAGGCGGGCGGGCAGGCAGGCGGACCGAGCACAUACCGCCACAUAAACAUCUCAAGAGGCUGCAACGAACGUGUCCCCGGAGCCGCCCUGACCAUCUCCACUGCAACAUCUAGUUGUUCCCUCAGCAUCACCAUGCCGUCCAACGACAACAGCCACCGCUUGCAGAUCCAGUUCGGCCUCAUCAACUGCGGCAAGAAGUAUCUGACGGCCGAGGCUUUCGGCUUCAAGAUCAACGCUUCGGCCAGCACCAUGAAGAAGAAGCAGAUAUGGACCCUGGAGCAGAAGGGCGAGGACACUAGCGCCGUCUUCCUCAAGAGCCACCUCGGGAGAUACCUGGCGGCUGACAAAGACGGCAAGGUGUCGUGCGACAGCGAGGAGCCGGCGGACGACUGCCGCUUCCUGAUCGUAGCUCACGACGAUGGCCGCUGGUCACUCCAGUCCGAGCCCCACCGUCGCUACUUCGGCGGGACCGAGGACCGCAUCCUGUGCUUCGCCCAGACCAUCUCCGCGGCCGAGAAGUGGAGCCUCCACAUCGCCAUGCACCCUCAGGCCAACAUCUUCAGCGUGACCAGGAAGAGGUACGCUCACCUCAGCAGCCCCAAGGACGAGAUCGCCAUCGACCGCGACUGUCCCUGGGGGCUGGACUCGCUCAUCACCUUGGUCUUCCAAGACCAGAAAUACAGCGUGCAGACCAGCGACAACCGCCUGCUCCGCAGCGACGGGCAACUGGUGGACAGGCCCGAGCCGGCCACAGGCUACACCCUGGAGUUCAGGUCCGGCAAGGUGGCCUUCCGGGACAACGAGGGCAAGUACCUGGCUCCCUCUGGCCCCACCGGCACCAUGAAGUCCGGCAAGAGCACCAAGGUGAACAAGGACGAGCUCUUCGUGCUGGAGCAGAGCUACCCACAGGUGGUCCUCAUGGCUGCCAAUGGCAGAAACGUCUCCAUCCGCCAAGGUAUGGACCUGUCUGCGAACCAGGAUGAAGAAAGUGACCAGGAAACCUUUCAGAUAGAAAUCAACAAAGAGACCAAGAAGUGUGCUUUCCGGACCUGCAAUGGGAAAUAUUGGACGCUGACAUCCAAUGGAGGAGUACAGUCCACUGCUUCUAUAAAAAAUGACAACUGUUACUUUCAGAUUGAGUGGCGUGAACGGAGAAUUGUUCUGAAGGCCGUCAAUGGGAAAUACGUGGCCGCUAAGAAGAACGGCCAGCUUUGUGCCAGCAUCGAAACACCAACGGAGACGGAGGAGUUUGUAAUGAAACUCAUCAACAGGCCCAUCAUAGUCCUUCGUGGAGAGCAUGGCUUCAUUGGCUGCAGGAAAGUCACCGGGACCCUCGACUCCAACAGAUCUUCAUACGAUGUCUUUCACCUGGAGCUGAACGAUGGAGCUUACAACAUCAAAGAUUCCACUGGGAAAUAUUGGAUGGUUGGAAGUGACUCCUCAGUCACCAGCAGCAGUGAUAAACCUGUGGAUUUCUUGUUUGAAUUCUGUGACUACAAUAAGGUUGCAAUUAAAGUCGAUGGAAAGUAUUUAAAGGGGGACCAUGCAGGGGUGCUCAAGGCGUCUGCCGAUGCCAUUGACUCCUCCACCCUCUGGGAGUACUAAAUGCACUUUACGUGGCUUUGCUGCAUCUGUUAGUUGCAGAAUCCUACCACGGACUGCCAUGCCUGCCUGCCUGCCUUUCACAACAUAUUGCAACCACCUUGUUUUUAAAAAAAAUUGAAACUUUUUUUUUUGUAUAUUCAUCUCGGCUGCAGCUGCUAUUAAAGAUCUGCCGUCAGAUCUAUGCAGGGCAUUGAAAUCAGUGCUUCAUGACAUUCCCUUUAGCGUUCCUUAAUUUGUAGUGGGACUUUUCUGGAGACUGUAACAUUGGCAAUGUUACGGUUAAGACUUUAUGUGCCUUUUCCGCAUUGCUGCUGUUCUGCCGACAUGCCCCUGGUAUUGUUGGCCGUGUGUCGGCUGUGCCAGGCUGGGAGCCCAAGGCCACUCGCAGCCUCCCGAUGUAAAUGGAGGCGAGCUCCCUAACGCUGGCUUUAUACUGGGAAUGAAUGCAGUAAACGGAGUAGCAAAUAAACCUCGACCUCCCAUCCUUUCUGCAGAAGGCAGUUUCAUUCUCUGGAACGCCAUUCACCAAACCCUCAGCUCAUUCCACUCAGUUGCCCCGCGCAAGUCUACUGCAUGCUAUCACUUAAGCUACCCCUUGAACACAGACCCGACACAGUUGCCACGGUUAUUGAGGAACAAUUCCAUAAAUGAUUCGCAAUCGAGCAGCUCCUACGAGAAUUGUUCUUCGAUCUCUCGCUCAUCACUUGCCCAAUACCCAACUCAUUAUAGUAAUACCAUGACAACAGAAUUACCCACACUAGA